UCCACUUGAUUAGGCAUGAAAUUGUCUUAUCACUUUAUUUAUAAGCAAGUUAGGGAACUACGAUAUCAAUCUUCUGCAAGUUGCUACAGCUUACAGGUCAAAAUGGUUCGCACUCCACUGAUGAUAGUCGGCGUGAUGAUGGUGGCCUUCACCACAUCAGUACAGUGUGAAAAAAUUGACUCGCUACUCAGAGCCAAUCAGCGGGUAGUGGAGUUAUUGUCGAGGCUAAACGAGCAUGUGGCAAAUUCCCGUGCCCGAGCUUUAGUAGAUCGGCCAUUGACAGGAGGUUACAUACACAUGGUCGACAUUCAUGGAGGAAGAGGAACUCCCAUAGGUCAUAAUCAUAAACCAAGCUUGAGGUGGCUCAUAAUUAACAAACUUAAUAAAUGGCAAUAAGGUGAGGUGUGGUGGUGAAACAGGCCAUCUGUGUCAGCCAUGGUGUCAGCAUACUACUGGUGUUUUAUUGCCAUUUUAGAUUUCACGGUCCUAUAAAUCCCGGUCUUUUGAUAGGCUUGCGUGGGGAUAUAGAUCCAACACGUAGAGGCCCUCUGGAGAGUUUUAAUGCAGCGAAAUCAGUCCACGUGAUACGAGCAGCCAAUCGUAAGCGUACAUUUCAUUCGGUGAUUACUUGUUUAACAACAACUGCUACUACAAAAUUGGGUUGGGUUAGGUUAGAACUGCGAUCUUUACAGAAACCAACUGCUACUAGAAAAGUGGGUUAGGUUAGGUUCGAACUGCGACCUUCACAAAAAACAACUGCUACUAGAAAAGUGGGUUAGAUUAGGUUAUAACUGCGGCCUUUGCAGAAAUCAACAUUCAAUUUUGUUUAAAAAAUCAACUGAUACGCAAAGGGUAGGGUAGGUUGGUUAGACAUAUGCUGAUCAACAGAUUUUUCUGCUAAUCAAUUUUUGCGGAUCAGUUAAAUUGUAAUCCAAAAUAAAAUAAUUCGCUUACCCACUGAUUGCUUAACAAAAUUAGAUUAAUAGUGGAUCGCUUACUGCCGCUCAAAUAAUUAAUUUGCUAACCAAAUCAAUUUAAAGCAGCUCAGUAUGACAUUAAUUGCGAACUGGUUUAGAAACGCUUACCAAUAAGUUGCUGACCAAGUAUCAAUUUCGGCUGACCAAAUAUAUAUUUUUGUUCAUCAAAAUAGGAAUAUUCUGCAGAUCGAUUAAAUGACACCCAAAUAAAACUAUAUGACAAAAACCAAAAGUUGGGGAAUCGCAGUAGGACAACAAUAGCUGAAUUAUACAUACAUUAAUUGGUUUAUCCGAAAACACAAUUCCCCCAAUGAAGGCGCCACUGGACGGUCGAAGCAGUCUUAUAAAAGGUCAAGUUAGACGUGAUGUGAGAUUAUAUAUUUUCUAUAUAAAAUUAGCCUUUUUAUUUCCUUAAUAAAAUUAGAUUUACAAUGGUAUUGUGAUUUGAGUGCAUGCAAUUUUAUAAAUAUUUUCUAUAUAUUUAAAUGUUAAUGUUAUGUACCAAUUUCAUAUUUAUUUGGUUACCAUCGGAGAUGAGGUUUCAUUUCAUUUCAUUAAAUUUCAUUUCAUUUAUUUAUGUAUAAGUACUUGAAACAUAGGUCCAAGAAUACUCCCUUGAGGAAUCUCAAGGGAGUAUUCUUGGACCUCUAUUUAUUGUAGUAUAAAAUAUAUAAAUGAGCUGACAAAAAUCAUUAAUGUGUUAUGUUUGCUGAUGAUGCGACAUAUUAUUCUCAGAUGAACAUUUACGAUAAGACCUGGUGAAAAAGCCCCAAUGGUGAGUCGAGAGACUAUGUUAGGUUUGUGUUUUUCGUGUCAUUCUGUCAUUUUCUAUAUCGCGCCCGUGUUUAAUUUGCACUAAGCUCCUUGAUUGCAAAUUGACAAAUGACACUAAUUGCAUACAAGCCAUAUAAUUAUACACGAUGUCGUGAUAACUACACAGCAUGUUUAAUUUGUUUUUUAAUUUAAGAAGCAUGUUCGGCUCCCUGGUUAUAAAAAGAGAUUAUACUUAAGAGUGCGCGCAAUUUUUUAUGCUAUUUUACUGCACGGAGCUAUAACUUCAGAUGAUGAUGGCUCGCAAGGCACUUGUCAUGAUCGCCUUCAUGCUGAUGGUUGCCAUCACUAUAGUACAGUGUGUCGAUAACGACGACGAAGACUAUCGCAAAUACAUAAAGUAUGAUCCCGACAGUAUAAUAAUGAAACCCAGGUACCUGUCAGCGAAACAUGCUAAGCUACAUGCAAAGAAAAAGCUGGGCAUCAUAUUCCUGAAUUUCGAUUAAUAACAUCGGAAAAUAACUAAUAAGAAAAGAUAUACAUCACCACAGCAUUUCCGACUAACCGAUUAUCUCAUGUUAUAAUUCCUGCAAUAGAAAUAUUUUCAUGGA